GGCACCAGGCCCCCGGGCGGAUCAGCAGGCACCGGGCCCCCGGGCGGGGCUACAGGCACCGGGCCCCCGGGCGGAGCAGCAGGCACCGGGCCCCCGGGCGGAGCAGCAGGCACCGGGCCCCCCGGGCGGAGCAGCAGGCACCGGGCCCCCGGGCGGAGCAGCAGGCACCGGGCCCCCGGGCGGGGCUACAGGCACCGGGCCCCCAGGCGGAGCGACAGGUCUCGGGCCCUCAGGCGGAGCGACGGGCGCCGGACCUCCAGAAGGAGCGACAGGUCUCGGGCCCUCAGGCGGAGCGGCGGGCGCCGGACCCCCCGGCGGAGCGACAGGUCUCGGGCCCUCAGGCGGAGCGGCAGGCGCCGGACCCCCAGGCGGAGCGACAGGUCUCGGGCCCUCAGGCGGAGCGGCGGGCGCCAGACCCCCAGGAGGAGCGACAGGUCAUUUGGCUCGACCGCGGGCACCGCGUCAUCUGGCAAGGCAGUGGGCUCCGAGUCAACUGGUAUGACCGCGGGCACUGGGUCAGACAUUGGAUCGUCUGACUGGACAGCGGGCAUCGGGUCACCAGGCAUCAAGUCAUUUGGCUCGACAGCGAGCACCGCGUCAUCUGGCAAGGCAGUGGGCUCCGAGUCAACUGGC